GAACUAACGCUCCUAGGACAAGUAGUAUAAAAGAGGGUUGAGGGGGCUGAAGAGGAAAGACUGCAGAUUUGUAAGAGAAUAAAUUUCAUCCUGAAUUAAGAGCCAAAGAAGAGGGCUGCUUCUGAACUGCACUGAACUUCAGAAAUCUCUGGAAGCGAAGAAUACUUUGCAUAUGUGCUAUUACCUAAAAAGGUAACACACAAUGGAGGACAAACAGCAAAGCAACAGUGAGAUGAAAGAAAAUAAGGCAGUGAAGAAAAAAAUGAAUUGGUCUGGGAGUCUUAUUGUAGCCUCUUUAACUGGUGCUUUUGGGUCAUCUUUCCUUUAUGGUUACAAUCUCUCUGUGGUGAAUGCUCCUGCAGUGUAUAUCAAGAAGUUUUACAAUGAAACUUGGGAAAGAAGAUAUGGCUUCUCGGUGGAUGAAAGCACGCUGACGCUCCUCUGGUCCAUAACUGUUUCUAUUUUUGCCAUUGGUGGCCUUGUGGGUGCCAUUAUUGUUACCCCAAUUGUGAAGUUCUUUGGACGGAAAUGUACGUUGCUGUUCAAUAAUGUGUUUGCAGUGACAGCUGCAUUGUUGAUGUCCCUCUCCUUAUUGGCAGGGUCGUUUGAAAUGCUCAUAUUGGGCCGCAUUAUAAUGGGUGUUGAUGCAGGCAUUUCUCUGAGUGCCCUUCCCAUGUAUUUGAGUGAAAUAUCUCCUAAGGAAAUCCGUGGUUCAUUGGGUCAGGUCACAGCGAUUUUCAUCUGUGUUGGUGUUUUCGCUGGUCAGGUUUUGGGUCUGCCAGAAAUAUUUGGGCAAGAAUCUCGGUGGCCAUACUUAUUUGGAGCAAUCAUUGUUCCUUCAUUGAUACAAGUUGUGAUUCUGCCUUUUCUUCCUGAGAGUCCUCGUUACCUCCUACUUGAAAAACAUAACACGAGCAAGGCAGAAAAAGCAUUUCAGACUUUCCUUGGGAAAGACGACGUGUCUCAUGAAGUAGAAGAAGUUUUGGCAGAGUCUCGAGUCCAAAGAAACACCAAGUUAGUGUCGAUACUUCAGCUCCUGAGAACCCGUGCUGUGCGAUGGCAGGUCAUUACCGUGGUCAUCACGAUGGGCUGCUACCAGCUCUGUGGGCUAAAUGCUAUCUGGUACUACACAAACAACAUCUUCAGUGAAGCUGGGAUCAACCAUGAAACAAUCCCCUAUGUUACUCUAAGUACUGGUGCUGUUGAGACUGUGGCUGCUGUUUUUUCUGGCUUAGUUAUUGAACGGCUCGGACGCAGGCCUCUUCUCAUCGGAGGUUUUGGGUUGAUGGUUGUCUUCUUUGCAGUACUUACCGUCUCUCUGACUUUACAGAAAACAGUGCAUUGGCUUCCUUACCUCAGUAUAUUUUGCAUCCUUGCAAUCAUUGCAUCGUUCUGCAUUGGACCAGGUGGGAUUCCAUUUGUCCUCACUGGAGAGUUUUUCCAGCAGUCGCAGAGGCCAGCCGCAUUCAUGAUAGCUGGGACAGUCAACUGGCUCUCCAACUUCGCAGUUGGACUGCUCUUCCCUUUCAUUCAGGGUGGUUUACAGACGUACUGCUUCCUAGUGUUCGCUGCCAUCUGCUUUGCGGGAGCUACCUACCUAUUUUUCGUCCUGCCUGAAACAAAAAAUAAGACAUUUCAUGAGAUCAGCCAGGCAUUUGCCAAAAGGAAUAAAGUAUCUUUAGAAAUGCAAGAAAUGAACCACUACCCAGGAGAGAGGAAAUCGAGUGCAGAACAAGAAUCAGACUUUACAUCUUCGGUGAACAAUGGGGAAACCAAAAAAGAGAUUGUGUAAACCCACGAUGCUGUUUCAGGGGAUGGGGGAAAACAUGCUCUUUCCAUCCAGUACGUUUAUGUCAGUGCACAACUUGUAUUUUUUAUGUGACAGCAUGAACUGCUUCCCCCUUGAAUAUGUUUUAAGUGAGUAUGGGUGAAUAUGGUAGCAGCUAGGGUGAUGGUUGAGGAAAUGAGAGACGAGAGUAGCAGCAGCUGAUUAAAUAAAUAAGAGCCGGAGUUUUCUUGGGCACCUGUGAAGUCGGCGCUGCCGUGAGUGGUGUGGGAUAUGCAGACUCAGAGAAGUAAAGUGGCGGUGGGGAGCCGGGAUUGUGAGCAGUGGCUGGAUGAGCACCCCUGUGUGCUCACGGAGGGGUGUGCGUGCAGUCGCGGAGGAGGAGGAGGAGGAGGAGGCAGGGAAAAGGGAAGAAAUCCCAGCAGGAGUCUGCUAAGAAUCGAUACAAGUGAACCUGAAGUGCUACCGGCUCACAUUUCCCCACGUUUCCCAAUAUGUCAUUUAAGUUGCACACGAGAGUCGUAGGAUUUGAAAGAAGACUCAUGGCACUCCCCUGGCCUCCCAUACCUUUUCCAGCUAUUUUGACUUUCAGUUGCUUUGUCUGAACACCUCCCACCUUCCCACAAACAGGGAGCCCUGGGUCCUGAUGGAUUUCCUUGUCUGUCUUGCAAAUCCACAUCAACUAGUAUUAGAAUUGCCCCUAGCCUCUUGAGGUUGCUGGCAUAGCAUCUCUGUGGAUAUAUAUAUAUAUUUUUUUUUAAAAAUUUUCUUUUUUAAGAACAUCUAUAGAAGCUUUAAUAUGAAAAGAAAACUAAACCUCAUGGUGAAGUGAGAGAACUCUGAUGGUACGUUGUAGGGUGUAGCAUUAAAAGAAAAAAUCAAACACCAGGUAUGCCAAGGGCUGAGGUUUUUUGCUUGUUUUUUUUUUUUCUUUUCAAGUUCCUUUUAAAACAAGUCUCAGGAGCCAAAAUUUCCCCGAGACCCAAUAAAUGUAAUUUCUUAACGCUCAGAUCUCUCCAAAGGAGUUUGGGUGCCUAUUUCUUAUUCAACACUAAUUUCAUUUGGGCAUUAGAUUCUGAAGCUCCAGGCCUAGUUCACAGUAACAGGUUUCUAAGUUAUUUAAUGCUUUGUAAAACUUUCCUCAGAGUCUGCUUAAUUUUGUAAUAGACUCAGCAGGCUCUUGGUGGUUAGGUGAUCCAUUCCCUUCCACAUGGGAUUUUUUUUUUUAUGAACGUCUUUCCAGUUUGUAAUUUUGAUAAUAGUUUUUCUUGAUCAUUCUAGGUACCUGGAUGCUGAGGGGGGUAAUAAGCACUUUUGAAUUAAAUAGUUAGCUGUUUUAUAUGAAAAAUCAGUAAGUCUUAGAGCUGCUCUCAGUUAGGAGUAAGGCACAAGAAGGAAGUGCAGCAUGUAGGUAGAGCCAGCUGCUUCCACAAGUUAUAUUUACUAAUCCAGAAGUUCAUAUGUUUGGAGCAUUUUGGAAAAAAAAAGUAUAUCUAUUGAUAUAUAUAUACACACACACAUAUAUACAUAUAUGAAUAGAUAU